CCCCAGCGGCAGCCCCCGCAGCCGAAGGAGUGGCCGCGCCCGCCGCAGGGAGGGAGGAGCAUCUGGGGAGGCUCCAAGUUGGCGGAGCCGCUGGGACCCCCGGACUCUCCAGCGGCCGCUCCGGGAAGGGCUGAGAGGCGAGCAGGGGAGGGGGCGCUGCCCAGCCCCGAGCCCCGACCCCCUGCCCGCCGCGGCACACCAUGCGCGCCGAGGCGGCGUGACCGGCUCCUCCCGCAGCCACCCCGCAGCCUGGCCCGGCGCUCGCGCCGGUCACACCGAGAGGCGCCCGGGAGCUAUGAGCCAUGAAGCCGCCCGGCAGCAGCUCCCGGCGGCCGCCCCUGGAGGGUUACAGCCUUUCCCGAGCCUCCAGCGGUCCCCGCGGCGGCCCCGCCGGCCCGCCGCCUGCCCGCGCCCCGGCCCGCGCGCCGCCUGGCCGCCUGCUCCUCGUCCUUCUCCUGCUGCUUCCACUCGUCGCCUCGUCCCGGCCCCGCGCUCGCGGGGCUACUGCACCCAGCGCUCCGCAUUGGAAUGAAACUGCAGAGAAAAAUUUGGGAGUCCUGGCAAAUGAAGACAACACAUUGCAACAGAAUAGCAGCAGCAAUAUCAGUUACAGCAAUGCAAUGCAGAGAGAAAUCACACUGCCUUCAAGACUCGUGUAUUACAUCAACCAAGACUCGGAGAGCCCUUACCAUGUGCUUGACACAAAGGCAAGACACCAGCAAAAACAUAACAAGGCUGUCCAUCUGGCUCAGGCAAGCUUCCAGAUUGAAGCCUUUGGCUCCAAAUUCAUUCUUGACCUCAUACUGAACAAUGGUUUGCUGUCUUCCGAUUAUGUGGAGAUUCACUACGAAAAUGGGAAACCACAUUACUCUAAGGGUGGAGAGCACUGUUACUACCAAGGAAGCAUCAGAGGCGUCAAGGACUCUAGGGCUGCUGUGUCGACAUGCAAUGGACUUCAUGGUAUGUUUGAAGAUAAUACCUUCGUGUAUAUGAUAGCACCACUGGAGCUGAUUCAUGAUGAGAAAAGCACAGGCCGACCACAUGUGAUCCAGAAAACCUUGGCAGGACAAUAUUCUAAGCAAAUGAAGAAUCUCAGUAUGGAAAGCAAUGCCCGGUGGCCCUUUCUAUCUGAGUUAAAGUGGCUGAAGAGGAGAAGGAAGCGAGCAGUGAAUCCAUCUCGUGGUGUGUUUGAAGAAAUGAAAUAUUUGGAACUUAUGAUUGUGAAUGAUCACAAAACGUAUAAGAAGUGUCGCUCUUCUCACGCACACACCAAUAACUUUGCAAAGUCUGUGGUCAACCUUGUGGAUUCUAUUUACAAGGAGCAGCUCAAUACCAGGGUUGUCCUGGUGGCUGUAGAGACCUGGAAUGAGAAGGAUCAUAUUGACAUCACUACCAACCCUGUGCAGAUGCUCCAUGAAUUCUCCAAAUAUCGGCAGCGUAUCAAGCAGCAUGCUGAUGCUGUGCACCUCAUCUCGCGUGUGACAUUCCACUAUAAGAGAAGCAGUCUGAGUUACUUUGGAGGUGUCUGUUCUCGCACAAGGGGAGUUGGUGUGAAUGAGUAUGGUCUUCCAAUGGCAGUGGCACAAGUAUUAUCGCAGAGCCUGGCUCAAAACCUUGGAAUCCAGUGGGAACCUUCCAGCAGAAAGCCAAAAUGCGACUGCACAGAAUCCUGGGGUGGCUGCAUCAUGGAGGAAACAGGGGUAUCCCAUUCCCGAAAGUUCUCAAAGUGUAGCGUUUUGGAGUACAGAGACUUUUUACAGAGAGGGGGUGGAGCCUGUCUUUUCAACAGGCCAACAAAGCUCUUUGAGCCCACAGAAUGUGGAAAUGGAUAUGUAGAAGCUGGGGAAGAAUGUGAUUGUGGUUUUCAUGUGGAAUGCUAUGGGCUGUGCUGUAAGAAAUGCUCUCUCUCCAAUGGGGCCCACUGCAGCGAUGGGCCCUGCUGUAACAGUACCUCCUGUCUUUCUUGUAAGCUCACAAUUGCAAGCGAUGUGUUCUGUGGGUUUUUACUCUGUACCAAUCUUACUCGAGCUCCACGUAUUGGUCAACUUCAGGGUGAGAUCAUCCCAACUUCCUUCUACCAUCAAGGCCGAGUAAUUGACUGCAGUGGUGCUCAUGUGGUUUUAGAUGAUGAUACGGAUGUAGGCUAUGUGGAAGAUGGGACACCAUGUGGCCCAUCCAUGAUGUGUUUAGAUCGGAAGUGCCUACAGAUUCAAGCCCUAAAUAUGAGCAGCUGCCCACUUGAUUCCAAGGGGAAAGUCUGUUCCGGUCACGGGGUGUGUAGCAACGAAGCUACCUGUAUCUGUGAUUUCACCUGGGCAGGGACCGACUGCAGUAUCCGGGAUCCUGUUAGGAACCUUCACCCACCCAAGGAUGAAGGACCCAAGGUGAACAUGGCCACAAGCAGGCUAAUAGGUGCCGUGGCAGGCACCAUUCUGGCCUUGGGGGUGAUUUUUGGAGGCACGGGGUGGGGAAUAGAAAAUGUCAAGAAGAGGAGGUUCGAUCCUACUCAGCAAGGACCCAUCUGAGUCAGCGGCACUGGGUGAACGGGGCCUUGCACUGUUGGAUUCUGGGUAUGACAGGCUUUGCAGCAACGUUGCCGGAACUGUUCUGUCUGUAAACAAGACCGCUGGGUGGUAAUGAUACAGAACUAGAGUUGGGGUGGCAGGGAUGGGGUAAAAGAAAACCUUCCUUUUUGGAAAUAAUUUCAAAAAGCUCCUCCCACCACUUGUCAAUAAAAAGGGGCAAAGGACGAUGUCCUAUGAAGAACUAUUUCAAAAAAAUUUUUUUUCUAACUGAAGGAAGAAGGAACAACAAGAAUUAAGUGCAAUAAAAGAACCAUUAAAAAAUAGCAAAUUAUUUUUUUCUUUCCUGGGCCUGCUGGCACUUACUGUCUUCUAAAUGAUUUGGCAUGACUUUUUUUUUCUUUUCCUACCACUGACACACCCCAAGUGGCAUGAAGAUCUAAUUUUUGAAAGGGUAAAAUCUGCAUGGCAUAUAUACAACAAGCAGCUAGCAAGCGAAUCCGCAGCAAACCUGCAGCUGGCUUCCCGAGGUGAAGACGGCAGAUGGGCAGGCCAUCUGCCUGGCCCCCACGUUCUAGUCUGCACCAGGCCACGAGCACUCUGCGGACCCCUGCUCUUGUUGACUCACUUUCCCAUUGUCUUUUCUCCUAGACUGAGCAUCUUUUGGAAAUGGGAGCUGGAAUUUGAACAAUGAUGCUAUUGUUCUUUUAUAAAUGUAAAUAUGGAAAUAAGAGAUUUUGACACCUCAUUUUCACUUGUCUGUAUUGAAAUAUUUUUCUUGUAAAGGUUCUCUGUAAAUUUGAGUUUAUCAUUUGCUCCCCAUCAUUUUGGUUUCUUUCCUCUAUUUCUUUCUCUGUCUUUGUCCUCUUGCGUAACAUGUUGUACAAUGUUUGUUGGGCUUGCUUAAAACAGACAGAUGUAGCCGCAGAUGCAGGGUGUGUGGGCACAAACCAGAUGCGAUUUAAAAAUGAGAUGCUUGAAUGAAAUGAAAUGCUGGAAACCAAAAAUAAACAAAGGGGAGGGGGACACAAACGACAAAAUAACCCAUGUGAAAAAUUAAAAUUAUGUAAAUGCACAUAUAUGUACCGACAAUUCUCUAAAAUUUUUUGAUGUCGUUACAAACCUGUGUAUAUAAUCUAAGAAAGUAGACACCCUCUCAGAUUAAUCACAGAAGUGCCAAGCUCAUGAUUUUUCAUUUUUGGCUUUGACAAUUUUCUCUCUGUCUUUCAUGUGAAAGGAGGAUCAACUUAAAGCCUUAAAUUAAAAAAAUAAUUUUUAAAUGUUGACAGCUUGGGGGAAAACUUCAGCUUUCCAUUCAUAUCUAUCGUUAAUAUUUCAUCUGUGCUUCAUCUUCCAGCCUUGAAAUACACAUGGCAGAACCCCACUGUAAAGCGGGUAGUGGGGAUAGAAACAGCAGUUGCCAUCUCAUGAGCAUGGUGACAGGCUUCCUUGUUCGGCCCACAGCGCGUUGGUGGUCUGUGGAAUGUUUUCCUGGGUGAGGAUGGGAUUCUGUCACACCCAGACUCUCCUUCUCCCUCCAGGCAGGUUUGUGGACGUGAUCUGGGUUUCCAAGUCCCUUUCACUUAUUGCUUGUUCCACUGAUGGUCAAGAUAGUUUCCAUUCAAGUGUGGAGCAUAGACAUUAAUAAAGAAUUUGGUCCUGGCUUUGUUUUGAAUGCAAGAACUUGUAUAUGAUCCCUUCAGGUGGCAUUCUUCCAGAGUAAGCUUUACUGAAGGCCCCCAAAGAGCAGAAGAGGACACACGACUGUGCAAUUCACUUCAUGGCAACCAAAUCAGUUGCUAGAUUUAGCAUUAAGUCCCUUUUCAGCAAGAUUCAUGACGCUAACCUCACAAUUUUGGGGUUGACUUUGUAAAGGGUUAUGUCCUUGAACUGUAUGGCUUAAAACAGUGCGGUUUUCCAGAUGUCUUUAAUUGUGGAAGUAUCACAGUCACAGAGCAGAAACCUAAUUUCCAUAGGCUGCCAUAGGCCACACCCUAAUAUCUUCAUCCUGUUACUGCUUUCUGAGAACUAGGUGCUACACGAGUAUGCAGUCUUUCUCUAGAACUAGCUGUGUGUUUAUAUUGCAAUAACAGGGCUAUCUACAAGGUUUAUCAGCCUUACUCUUGGUUUCAUAAGACACAGGUUGUAUCUCCACCUGGUGGAAAUAGCUCUUUCAGCUUGGAGGAAACUCAGAUGACUUGGCAUCUCUUCUUGUCACUGCAUUGUUUAUGUCUCUCUCGCUGGAUCCUACUCCCUAGUUGAUUCUAAGCUGCCGCUCAGUACACCAUACACAUUUCACUGCUCUUUGAGAGGCACCACGGUGACUUAAUAGAAACAAAACCAUGGUGGUUAAAAAACAAGUUAAAUCUCUAUUAUUAACUUCUGAGCAUUUCACAAACAACAUUGUAAAUGUGCGAUGUUAUGUUUUAAAUCAGACCACAGUGGUCCCCAAAUAUUAUGUACAUAUGGCAAAUGUUAGUGUAACUUUUUGUUACACUGGCAGUUUCAUAGGUAACCAAACCUAUGCUCCAAUAUUAAAUUAUUUGUGUGUAUAUGUAAAAUACACAAGCUUUAAGCUAUGUGUGUAUGAAUAUGAAAGAUAUUGCAAUCAUACCAAUCGUCAACAAUGGAUUCUAAUUAUUUUUGGUGGUAUUAGGUUACGUAGUUUCAAACUCUGCUCUAUUUUCUCUUGCACAUGCCAUUCUUUUUUGUGGUGUGAAUACUUUGUUAUUCAUUUGAGCUCAAACCACAAGCAUAUCACUGUUUAAUGUUACCCAACAAGAGUGUUAAGUGAUGACAAGUUCCCAUUUCACGUGCUCUACUUUUGCUGCAUUAAUUAACAACACCUGGAUGAGGAGACAUGCACUAACUUCAUUGCUCAUCUGGGACACUGCAUGAGCCCACUGAAUUAGAGCUACUCCUAUUAGAUAAACGAGCAGUACACAUAGGUGCAUGUUAUGAAACAUGAAUCAUGUAGAGCUGUGCAGUUUAACAAGUGAUAUGUGUGGUUUUUUGUUUUUGAUUUUGUUUUUACUAUGCAAAGAUGGGAAAUGCACAAACCUCAAAGACAGUGUCUGAAUAACUUUACAAACAAUACUUGAAUCCUUUUGUUAACAUCACCCCAUCAUAUUUUAUAGUCAUUUUUGCUUCCAUUGUUAAUUUUCAUUUUAAAAUGGUUUGUAAGUUUUGUUUCAAGUUAAUAAAUUCAUUCAUAACCUGUUGGCUGCCUAUGAAUGGAGAUUCAGUAGUCAUUGUAUGCAACUUUUAGUAAGGUGUGUAUUAAAACUUUUGGUCACAUAGAAUGUUGUAGCUUUAUACUUUGGUGAUCUUUCUUAAGCCCUUUUACUGUGUUCUCUUACAUUGUUGAUUAAAUGGCCAUGUGUCUGAUAUCAUCAAGAGCUUUAGCACAUGUCUCUCAAUCAAAGGCUCACUGAUGAUUCAGUGGAGCAAAACAAAAUCUCUGAUUAAUGAUGAGUUAAUCCUGAUUAGGACUCAGUCUCAUUGGAUUUGUUGGAAAUGCUUUGCUUCUUGUAAAUCAGAAGGAAAAAACCCCCACCUUGGGAUCCUACCAUUAUCAGUUUCUUU